AUGGCGAAUAUAUCAACCAGCGGUGUUUUCAAUACACAUCAGCAACCACCUUUGCCAUCAGAGCAUCCAGAAGUAAAAUCAGUUCGACGGCGGGAAAGAAUCCAAUUCUCUUGCACAUUAUGUAGGAGUAAAAAAUUGAAGUGUGACAGAGUCCAGCCCUGUCGCUCAUGCGUAGGUCGUGGUCUAGCACGCUCUUGCACUUAUGUUCAUACAGGGCUUAACUCGCAAGUCCGAGAAUUGGGUGAACAGAAUCCAUCUCGUGGUAACAACAGCAAUAUACAGAAUAAAGUAAAUCAGCUGGAAGAGCUUGUUGUUUCAUUGAUGGGCGCUCUGAAUGGCUCCAAUAAGUCCGAAUUGAAACAAUUCGCCCCAGCUUCAUUGGUCCCGACCACAGCAAUCUACAAGGAACAGGUGUCAGUUCGGCCUACGACCGCUAAGGAUACCGAAGAUGCGAACUUAGCUGUGAGCUUCGGUAGGAUGACAGUUGAGGAUGCGGCUACAAAGUAUGUUGAUUCUGCGCACUGGACUGCAAUUCUUCAGGGAAUCUCUGAGCUCAAAGAUCAGCUAGAUGAUGAUGCAGAUCCGGCAAACGAAUUCAUAGAAGCACCAGAAUAUGAACAUCCUUGCCCUCAACUAUUGUUCGGUUCAACAAAUCACUCAACCAAAACCGAGAUUGUCAGCGCGAUGCCUCCGAGAGACAUGGUUGAUAGACUUGUAUCCAAGUUCUUCAACCUUUUCGAUAUGGGAGCAGUAAUACUACAUCGUAGAACUUUCCUCGCAGAGUACGAAUCCUUCUGGGAAAGCCCGAUGAAUAUGCAUGUUAUGUGGAUCGGAAUGCUAUAUGCAAUGAUAUAUCUGGCUUAUUUCUUGCAAGAGGCCCAACCAAGCACGUUCGCUAUCCCCUAUUUCACUAAUAGUACAAAGGAUACAUAUCGGGAGAAGGUAGUCCAGUGCCUAGUUCUGGGCAACUAUACGACAUGUGUGCCAUACACUAUCCAAACACUCGCGUUGUAUUUCGUUAUCGAACAUUUCCGCUAUCGUGACACUGAACCCGGGUGCUGGAUCCUUCAAGGAAUCAUACUCCGUGUUGCAAUACGAGCUGGGUAUCACAGAGAUGCGUCUCAUUACCCAGAACUCUCGUCUUUUCAAGGAGAGAUGCGGCGUCGAUUAUGGGCCAAGCUCGUUCAACUCGACUUGGCUGUUUCUCAUCAAAAUGGCUUACCAAGAAUGAUCCGGCCGGGAAUGUCUGAUACUGCAGAACCACGAAACUUGACAGAUGAUGAUUUUUCCGAAGAUGUUGAGGAACUACCACCUUCGCGACCUGAUACGGACGUCACCGCCAUGCUUCGAGUUGUAGUCCGAAAUCGCUUAGGCGUCAUCUACUCAGAGAUCGUGGACCUCACCGCCAAUACUAAGCACACUCCAUACAAAGAAAUCAUGCGUUUAGACUCGCUGCUCCACAAGACUCGUGAUAAGCUGCCAGUUUCUUUCAAAUGGAGACCAAUGCGAGAAAGCGUCACAGAUGAUUCAGAUCUUGUCCUGUACCGGAUAUUUUUGGACGUCUUCUUCCACGCCGCUCGUUGUACUCUACAUCGAAGCUACUGUGAUAUCGCGCGUACGGAUCCCCGCUAUAAGUACUCGCGUCAUGUUUGUAUCGAGUCCGCUAUGCGUUUGUUAGAAAACCAAUACUUAUGCGGAGAGGAAAUGCGGCCUGGGGGCCAACUUCACGGAUGUAUGUGGAUGCAGUCUUCCUUGACCAACCACGAUUUCCUAGUUGGAACGACAAUACUGUGCCUGGAUAUGAAUCAACUGCUUGUUGACGGGCCGGUACAAGAAGCUUGUGCUGGGCAGUUUGAUAAUCAAGAAGGGCUGGGAAAGGUCAUUUCGCGAAUGAGAAAGGCACUGACGGUUUGGAAUCUGUUGGCCGAAAAUUCGAGAGAGGCGAGAAGCGGUGCGCAUGUUUUACGUGUUGUGCUUGAAAAGCUGGAGAAGAGGAAUGUGUUCGGAGGAGAUCCCAAGCUAAAGAAUGGGAUGAAUUCUGCUUUUUUGACACAAUCGCCACAACAAACUCCACCGUUUGUUACCAGUCAGAGUUCAACAUAUCUCAACACCGGCAGCUCGACACAUUACGAAGACUUUCAGACGAACCAAGAGCUUGUUGACGGGCUUGACUGGGAUCUAUGGGACAGCCAAACAUACCCGGACCAUUCAGAUGUUUUUGGUAACAUCAAUUUUCAAAACGGACUUGGAGAUUUUGAAUACACUGGUCUGGAAAGAGACUUUGGGCUCUGA